AAACUAAUGAUCCAAAAACAAUUGAUCUAAUUUUCAAUUAUUUUAAUUCAAAUCCAAAUUAUUAUUUUGAAAAAUAUUACUUGCCAGAAGUUGACAAAAUAAAUAAAUACAAAUUAUAUAAACACACAUCAAGUUUGAAUGCAGAAGCGCCAUUCAAUUCCAAAAUAAAAAACAAACAUUAUUUGAAAGAAAAAAGGUGCUACAGGUGCAAAAAACCUGGACAUAUUGCAAAAUAUUGUGAGGAAAUUUUUUUAAAAACUAAAUUAAUUACAAUUUAUGAUUCAGAUGAUUCACAAGAUUCGAUUCAUUCUGUUCCUUAUGACUUUGACAUUUAUGAUGAUUAA